AUGAGUAUUUGGACUUGUUCGAUCCAUUUGCCCAAAUUCAGCAAUCGUUUUGUGGGCAAUUUGGGUCUCUAUGGAAAUUCAUCAUUGCAUUUCUCUAAAAUUUGUACUUUACGCCCUAUCCGAUGCUUCUCUCAGACCCCUAGUUCAUGGAAUCAAGCCCCAGGCUCAUUAGAGACCGGAGAGCGAACAGGGUCUAGUAUUUUUUCUACUUUACAAGAACAAUCUCAGACACCUUCCACUGAAACUCCUGAACAAAAAUCUCGCCCAUGGAAACGGAUAUCUACAAAACGCCUUUUAACCAUGGAUCCUUCCCACACUCAUCAAUCAAAAAUAUUUCGCUCAUCUUUGAAAAAAGCUGGCAACCUUUGUCGCCAAAUCUCUAGAAAGCCUUUUUACCAUGCCCUUUUACAGAUGAAAUUUUCCGAAAAACGCGUCUCUAAAUCUAUCGCUUCUGCUCUCGUAAAUGCUCGCGAGGAUGCCGUUGCGAAAGCUGGUCUUGAUGAAAAAACCCUUUACAUUGACCAAGCAUGGGUUGGAAAAGCCACUUACAUCAAAAAACUCGUUACUCGAGGUCGGGGUGGUCAUGCUGUUCACAGACGUCCUAGAGUUCGUAUAACCGUCCUUCUUAAAGAUGAACGAGCCCUUUUACGUGAUUUAAAACGUCGAAACGAUAGAAUCAACAGCCGUCGUGUUUGGUCUCCUCUUCCCAAUCGACCUGUUUACCACAAACUUAAUGCUUUCACCUGCUAA